AUGCUCGACUGCGACAACACGCUUGUCCAGUCGGAGCGCUUCGCCUUCGAGGCGUGCGCCGACCUCACCAACGAGGUGCUCAAGAAGCACGGCAUCGACGCCACGUACACGGCCGAGUCGCUGCUGGCAGACUUUGUCGGCUUCAACUUCCGUGGCAUGCUCAACGGCCUCCAAAAGAAGCACAACUUCGAAAUGUCGCCCGAGGAGAUGGACGACUUUGUCGAGCAGGAACUCGGCGCCGUGACGCGCAAGCUCAGCGAGAAGGCGGUCGAGUGCCCCGGCGUGACGGAGCAGCUCACGUACCUCCGGGAGCAGGGCUACCCCAUGGCUGUCGUGUCGACAUCGGCCAAGAGCCGUGUGGUUGCGUCGAUCCAGAAGGCGGGCAUCGACCACUUCUUCCCCAACGAGCACGUCUACUCGGCCGCCACGUCGCUCAGCCCGCCCUCGUCCAAGCCCGACCCCAAGAUCUACCUGUACGCGGCCGAGCAGCUGGGUGUCAAGCCGGCCGAGGCUGUGACGGUCGAGGACAGCAAGAGCGGCGCGACUGCUGCCAUGCGGGCCGGCAUUCCGUGCAUCGGAUACGUCGGCAUCUACGGCAUCGAGGAGGGCAAGGAGAAGAUGGAGCAGAUGGCCAAGCUGCUCACAGAAGAGACCAAGUGCGCUGCCAUCAUGUACGACUGGAAGGAGUUCCCCGAGUGCCUGAAGAAGAUUGAGGCUUCACUGUGA